AUGCCUGAAAUAAAGGGGGUUUAUUCACAUGGCGGAAGUUUGUCGAACAUUGAGGCAAUCAGUCUUCGAAUGGGGCCUAUACGUCCGUAUGUUCACAUAAAUGAAACCCAAAUCCAAAAAAGGUUGAACACAAACGUAUAUGAGUUAUUCCAACUUUUAGCUGCAGUGACUAUAACUAUUGUUAUAAGGUUAUAUUGCAUUGAAUUUCCAAAUAAAGUUCUUUUAGAGGAAAUUCCAAUAGUUUCCGCUAUCAAUAGCUAUCUUACAGGUAGGUUCUUUUUAGAUAUCAACCCUCCGUUUGUUCCUCUGUUGUUUUCCGCUUUAUCCAGAUCAUUAGGGUAUGGUGUCUUUACAUUUGAAGAAUUAUCCAUUAACUCCGAAUAUGAUUCAUUCCCGUAUCAACAUCUAAGGGUUUUGAAUGCAAUAGUAGGUGGUUUAGCGGUGAUAUAUAUUUACAAAAUAUUGAAAAUUUCUGCUGUUAACCAUUACUAUGCACUUUUUGGUGUCUUCUUGUUUGCUCUUGAAAAUUCAAUGAUCACUCAAAGCAGAUUUAUGUUUACAGACAGCUUCUAUAUAUUGUUUGUUGCCAUUUUUGUUUGUCAUCAUAAAUUAAUGUCGUUGAAAACAAAGUUUAGUGCAAGCUGGUUUUUUAAUCUACUGAUUUGUACUACUGCUUUAGGUUUGGCCAUAUCUACUCAUUGGUCAGGGCUUUUUUUGAUUGUUUAUGCUUUUCUGUCUUCAACUAUAACUUUCUGGAUUGCUUCAGGUGAUAUAGACGUUUCAAUGAAUUAUUUACGUAUUGCGUCACUUAUAAAAGAUUUUGCAUAUUUGACCAUACCAUUCACAAUCUACUUAUACUUUUUUAACUUACAUCUGAGUCACCUGGACAGUAGAGGUGAGUCUUACAAUUUGUUAUCUCCUGCUUAUCAACAUUCAUUAAAGGAAACCCAUUUAGAUGGGUUGAUUGCAGACGUCUCCUAUGGAUCGACAGUAAUGAUUCGUCAUUUUAAGAGUGGUGAAUACUUACACUCUCAUAAUGAUUUCUACAGAACUAGUAAGCAUCAACAGGUUACGCUUUUUGACAACUUUGACGACUUUAACAAUUUCUUCAAGAUUUAUCCAGUCAAGGGUAACUCUGAUAGAAUCAUGAAUGAUGCAAUGAAGAUAUUCGUACCUCAUAAAGUCAAAAUAAAGCAUGUUGCAACGGAUUCGUUCCUAGUUGCCGACUCAGAUUUCAAGCCUCCACUAUCUGAGCAAGAAUACAACUCCGAAGUCACGACACAAAAAGACUUUUCUGAAAUGGAGGAAGAUACAAGUGAAUUUCAAUUGAAAAUCUCCACCAAAUAUACCAAGGAUGAGAAAGCAAGGGUCUCGCUACGUGCUAUUGAAUCGGUUUUUCAAAUUUAUAAUAAAAGAAGUGAUUGCUAUCUAUUGGGCACACCAUUGCUCUUGACAGAAGGAUUUGCUGAAAGCCAGCAUGAACUAAUAUGUAUUAAAGAGCCAGAGUAUGAGGCUUCAUUGUGGUAUAUUGACUGGAAUAAGCAUGAUAAGUAUAGUAUUGAUUCCGGACUUGUUGAUUUCCCUGAAUUGGGGUUUUGGGAUAAAUUUGUGGAAAUUCAUUUCAAGGUUUUUAAAAAAUUGUUCGUUGGAGAUAUUGGAUAUAAUAAUGGAUUCAGUGUGUCCUUCACAGAUUGGCUUUUUCUGAGGAAGGGAUAUGUACAUUUUCUUGAUACUGAGGCGCAUUCUGCAGUAUAUUUAUUGGGCAACUAUAUUACGUAUCAUUUGGUGAUAUUGGUUAUCUUUAUCUAUUCUGUAUUUAAAGCUUAUCAACUUAUGACGACGAAUCCAUAUCAACAUUGCACAACGGUUGAUGUUUCGGUUUACAUAUAUGACCACCAAAUGUUAGAUUUAAUUUUAGGAUAUACGUUAACUCUGUUGCUAAGAAAGUUUGUCAAAAUUGAUUUGCAAUUAUUUGAUUACCUACCUAUAUUGUUUUUUGGUAUCUUGUGUGUACCACAAACCUUCCAGUUAGGCCACUCUAAAGCACCUAAAUUUACGUUUUUCUUGACCAUAAUAUCAUGUCUCUUAGUUUUUCUAGCCUUUAAAAAGUAUUCCCCAUUGAUCUACGGCUUACAAUGGUCUUAUGAGAGAUGUAUGAAAAUGAUGGUUGGUCCAGGAUGGGAUAGUGGAGUUUGUAAGGUUUACUAUCCCUUUUAA